AUGAGAAGUUGUAUCACUGAUGUCAUUGCCUUACUCUUAGAUCUUGUUGAGGAUAGGGAUUUGAUGAUUCCUAUCAAUGUACGAAAGCAUCUGGGAGAAAAGCUAAGACCAGUAUUCGCGAUUAUUCAUCACUUGGAAGGUGUUUUGGAAUCUUCAGGCAUUCCAAAACAAGGGGGAGAUAGUGUAAAUCCAAUUGAUGUGAAGCCAAAACCUACUGUUAAGCUUGUGCCUGUUGUUAAAAGCAAAAGUGGCCUAAAGGGUAAAGACAAACUUUUCUUUGAUGAUCCCAUCAUUGAUAAUGAAGAAGAAGAAGAAGAACUUAAAAGGCGAAAGGCUCGUGAAGAAGAGAUGGAUAGACAUCAGAGAAUCAUACGAGAAGCUGAAGCGAAGGAGAAGGCAGAAAAAGAAGCUCAACUUACACUUGAAAGAAGAAAACUUUUGUUUCCAAAGUGGACUUUGAAGCAUCUUUAA